CUGACAUUUUAGGAAGCUGUGCCUGUGUGCACUUCUGAAUCUCCUCCCCCGGAGGCUCCUCCUCCCCUCCUCAGAGGAUACAUUCCCCUCAGCUCCCUCUGCCCUGGUGGCCAGAGCAACGCAGCCCCCGUCUCUAAGUCAGGAGCAGCCUGCCAAGGGGAGGGCGCCAAGAGGACUGAGAGGAUGGGGAACUUGCUGCCAAGGGAAGACAGGUGGCAGCAGAACACUCAAGAGACACCCUGGAAUCUGAGAAGUCAAAGCCCCAAACUGAGAAUAUCCAGAUGCUCCGACUGCCACAUCGCUGAAGCGUGUUUCUGCCUUCCUUGGAAAAAAAUACACAUUUUUGAAGCAAGACAAGAUUCCCGAAAGCAAAAUGAAGAAACAUCAUCUGCUCCCAUCCAGCAAGAGAAUGGUGACCAGGGCUCCUCAGAGGAUCUGUGCUACACCCUCAUCAAUCACAGCGUCCUUGGGAAAAGGCCGUCGGGAAUCUCUGCUGAGGAAUCUUAUGAGAACGUUUCCCUCGAGGCUGAGAGGCCCAGAGCAUCGCUGGGAGGAACCGAGACUGAGUACUCACUGCUUCGUGUGCCCUCCACCCCUAAGCAGCCAUCCUCCCCAGAGGAUGAGUAUGAACUUCUCAUGCCCAACAGAAUCUUCCCUCACUCCCUGAAACAGCCACAUCCACUUGCGCCCCCUUCUCAAGCUCAGUUUUCUCAUUUCUAAUGAAGCGACUGGACCAGCA